CCCGGGGCCAGGCUCUCCGCAUCAUCGCCGUGCGCUCGCUCGGGUCAAGCCCUCGGCGCGCGCAUCCUUGGGGGGCCCCGGCCUCGGCUCUGCAGUCGAUAUGCCUCUGGGACACAUCAUGAGGCUGGAUCUGGAGAAGAUCGCCCUGGAGUACAUCGUGCCCUGCCUGCACGAGGUCGGCUUCUGCUACCUGGACAACUUCCUGGGCGAGGUGGUGGGCGACUGCGUGCUGGAACGGGUCAAGCAGCUGCAUUACAACGGGGCCCUGCGUGACGGCCAGCUGGCGGGGCCGCGCGCCGGCGUCUCCAAGAGGCACCUGCGGGGCGACCAGAUCACGUGGAUCGGGGGCAAUGAAGAGGGCUGCGAGGCCAUCAACUUCCUCCUGUCCCUCAUCGACCGGCUGGUCCUGUACUGCGGGAGCCGGCUGGGCAAAUACUAUGUCAAGGAGAGGUCCAAGGCAAUGGUGGCUUGCUAUCCAGGAAAUGGAACAGGUUAUGUUCGCCAUGUGGACAACCCCAAUGGUGAUGGCCGCUGUAUCACCUGUAUCUACUACCUGAAUAAGAACUGGGAUGCCAAGUUACAUGGAGGGGUCCUGCGGAUAUUUCCAGAAGGGAAAUCGUUUGUAGCAGAUGUGGAGCCCAUUUUUGACAGACUCCUCUUCUUCUGGUCAGACCGCAGGAACCCACACGAAGUUCAGCCCUCCUAUGCAACCAGGUACGCUAUGACUGUCUGGUACUUUGAUGCUGAAGAAAGAGCAGAAGCCAAAAAGAAAUUCAGGAAUUUAACUAGGAAAACUGAAUCUGCUCUUGCUAAAGACUGACAUGUGGUAUGAAAUCUGCUGGCCUCAUUCUUUAAGUAAUGGUUCCUGAAAUUUUAAGUGUCAAGAUCCAAAGAGUCUAUAAAAUACCCCUACUGCCUGCACCAUUCACACCCCUGCUUGUUUGUGGUACUUCAUGUUUUCUUGCUGGGACUGUGCUGAGCUUCAGAUACUGUAUUUGCCAGGUGAUAUCAUUUGCUAAUUCCAGAAACACCUGCACACAUCCUCGUUGGCCAGCGGUUUAACUGAUGGAUUUGGGGAUACGGUGGUUGAGACAAGAUCCCAGGAGUGAUUGUUAUUUGCACUUUAUAUAUACUUCUUGAUUUAAAAGGAGGAGGUUUGCAAAGAAACAAAUUGAUGACAGAUACCGUGAAGAGGCGCCCUUGAAGCCUUAACAUCGAGAAAGAGAAAAUGUAUUGUCUGAAGGAUUUCCAGAUGUUGUUAACCCGAGACUGGACAGUUAUGACAACCUAAUGACAUUAUUACCUCUCGGAAGAGCUGCUGUCAUAGUGAUCAAUUUAUAAGUGUCCCGUGGUGGAUACUCCUUUUUUCUGGUCUUACAACUUGGACUUCCUGAAAGUCAUUGCUAAACCAAUAACUCUCAUGUUGAAGACGACACCAACAUUUAUUCUCUAUUUUUACUUCUUACUUGGAGAACCUAAUUAUACAGAGAAUAAAACUCGCCAUAUACCUUGGGUUGUUUUUCUGGCAUUGAAGUUUGAAGUUAAAUCAAAGGACAGAAAUCCUCCCGGUGUUUUAGCGCUGGCUUCUGUUGACUGUGGGAAGAGGAAAGCCUAGUGAUGACUGUAGUUGGAGAGGGAGGUGAGGCCGGGAGUGCAGACAGCCUGCUUUCAUCAACCAUUCAUCAUUAACGAAGAACAGCCUGCAGUAUUCUAGGAAGAGGUCGGAAGUAAAGCAGAUCUCCAAGCUUUUCCAACUCUCCCACGUGGUCUGCUGCUGCCAGCCCUCCUUAGCCACCCUGACCCUUGAGAGCAGCCGGGUGGUAGUGCGGCCAGAGUUGUGGAAUUUGCUAGAACUGUGGGAGGUUCUGCUGCCACAGGAAGCAGGCGUCACCUCCUGCAGAGCUCUCUAGAAGCACUGUUUCGAGAAAGGUAGCCAUCCUGGUGCUCACUUCCGCGGCCCCGUCUUUCAGAUCUCUUAAUUUCUUGCUAGAAUCCUAAAGCAUCACAGACCCAGAAAUGUUUUACUUCAUCAUGUUCAGACAUACUGACUUUCCAAGAAGUUGGUAUUUUUUUUCUUUUGUUUUGGAAAGAGUCCAUAAAGGACUGUCAUUCCUUCCCACCAUGGCUCUGUUUCAUUUUAUUUACUUUCUAACUUACAAUGUCAUUUCCUUAUUUAUUACGUUUAUUGUCUUGUAGCCUAUGAUGUCUAGAGUGUUAAGUACAAUGAAGACAGGGAUUUUGAAUGUUUUUAUCAAUGCAACAUAUUCCCAGCACCUCACCUCACGCCUGGCAUAAAGGAAACAAGGGCUUAGUUAUUACGUGUUCAAUAAACUCAGUCUCCUCUGUAA